AUGGAAAGACGGGUUUUGAUCGUCGCGGCUCUCGCAGCUCUCCUCUGUCUUGCGCCCUUCGCGCCGCGUGUUGCGGAGGCGGCAGUUGCGCGUCCGACAAAGGCGCAGAUGAAGGCGGAACUGGGGAGGCUGGCGGACAGCGUGGCGAAGAAACACCCACAGUACUCGAGUUACACCAAGACGGUCAAAAAAUAUAUUGGCCUCGCGUUGAAUUCCAAGUAUGACCUAUCAGCGCUCGCCAACGCGACCAUUCUCAUCCCCACUAACACCGAGGCUGAAGCCCUCCUUAAGAAGCUCCCCUUUAAGGCAGCCAACAUUCCCAAAAUCUACAACAUCACCGCUUUCCACAUCUUACCUGCUCUUGAGAACUAUCUGGUCACUGACCCGUUGUCAGGCAAAGUUAUCCCAUUGAAGUAG